GCGGUGUGCUCUUUUCGGUAUUGCUUUCAAGGGGCUUGCCUCAGUGUGACUCGACUGGAAACAAAAAUAUGUUGCUCGACGUUUGUGUCGGUUAUUCUACCGAUUAGUUGUUUUUUAAAAAAUCGUAUCUCCAUGGUUUCCGGUGCUUUCUUAGCGAAGAUGAGGCAGAAAACGUUGGGUUCUGUCGUGGGUUUGCUUUGCACAGGGACGUGUUUGGCGCAGGGCAAGGAGUUCUGUUUCGGUGUGAACAAUGAGAAGUACAGAUGCGAGAUGGGUUACUGUUGCGGCGAGACGGAGUGCUGCACCUACUACUACGAGCUGUGGUGGUUUUGGCUGGUCUGGACUCUCAUCAUCAUGCUGAGCUGCUGCUGUGCAUACAGACACCGGCGCGUUAAGAUGCGACUGCAGCAGGAACAGAGGCAGAGAGAGAUCAGCCUCAUGGCCUAUCAGGGAGCCUCCAGCUCCUUCAUCUCUCCACCACCCCUCAACCUGCGCUUCUGGACGGACUGCAAGCUCCCUGACUACGAGGAAGUAGUAGGCCACCCUCCCACCCCUCCUCCACCAUAUUCCGAGAAUCCUCCAGAACUCUCAACCUGCGGUCAACCGUCUGUCAGUUGUUCUGAGUCAGCCGUGGUGUUGGAGGCGGCACAGACAGAGAACGGUGCUUGUGAGUCGCAGGAACCGAACCUCGCGGCAGCCGUGGCCCAAUCGGAAUGCGCAGAGCACGAAGAGCCGGACGUCUCCCUGGAGGAGGAGCUAAACACCAGACGGAGGCAUGUGACAGGCGACUCGGGCAUCGAGAUGUGCGUGUGCCAGCUGGACACAGAUGAGUGCUCCGGGAUGGAAGAGGAAGAGGGCAGGAUGUGUCAGGUGCCUGGUGGGAGCUGCUGCUCGGAGAGAGAGGCUCUCAGACCCAAAGAGAUCUCGCGCUCUCCAACAUCCGAUGGAGAUCAUGUGGUGUGAGUCACAUGACACGUAACGUUGCCUGAAGUUGAAGGGCAUACGGCUUUGUUAUGGUUAGCAUCUUUCUUUUUUUUUUCUUUUUUUUUUCCGCCAACCCGUAAGGCAACCUUGAAGUGCACAAGGCAGGACGUUGGCAUGUUUUGCCAUUCUAAUAACAACUGAAUAAAAAUAAGCACGUUGCUCUUAUGUUACCAUUAACAAUAACAAAAUUAGUUUUUUUUCUAGAAGGAAUUUUUGUAUUUAGUGGGACGACGCGCUCUUGUUUUUGCCAGACAUUUGGAAAAAAAAGUGAGAAGAAAUAAAGAGCCAUGUUUUGAAGCUCCUUCUCAUUUCACUUAACCAAAAAUCUCACUUGUCUUUGAGGCCCACUGCCCACCCCAAAACCUUUCCCCUCUUCUACAUGACAUUUCAGUUCAGCCAUGGCGUCAUGGCCUGUCGGUCACUGACUUUCCUUGCACGGAGGCUGAAAGACCGAGCUUGAAACAGUGCACCAGGACUAGUCUGACUGUACGCUUUGUUUUUUUCCCCCACAAGGCUCUGCUAAAGAGAGUACAGCUGUGGGGCUGACAUCAGCUGAGCUUCAUCCCUCAGGAACAGAGCCACACACUGAAGAUCAGAUAACCGUAAGAAUACCUUCCGCAAGAGAACCACAGAAAGACACCAUCUCACAUACUGUGCUUUGCAUACAUGAAGCAGCUUGUUCACAUUUAUUCAUGACCUAUGAAGAUGCUAGAGGGUAGAGUCGACGCAAACCGCAGUGUUUUGAGACAGCGCCCUUAAUAGUAUCUUAUAUAGGGAUUGGGCGAUGCAACAAAAUACUGACUCGAUACUAACCACACACCAGCAAUACAGCAGUGCCACAAUAUAACGGCUUUCUUUAUUUCUUAUUCAGACUAUUACAAAACUAAAUGAUUUAGAUAGAAGUGAGAACGCGCAUGAUAUUGCUCAUCAAUAUUUCACAGGUGAUAGCAGGUGCAUUGCUAACGUUGCCGCAAUUAAGAUUUUGCCUUAUUGUGGAAAUGAGGGGAAAAUACCCAGGCCUGUUUAAUCAGGCUGCUUUCACAAUAGGUUUUUUUGUUUUUUGCUUUGUUUGUAAGAAGAGGUUGUUUAGUUUCUCUGUAACAUUGGAGGCAGAAAAUUAAGAGAAUUUGAGCUACUGUUAAAUUAGAAAUGCCAAAUUGCAUACCAAAAAAUGUGAAUAUCCCCAAGUUAUGUUGAAUUACAUUGCUAUGAUAUAACGUGACUCCUUUCUAGCCAGACAAAUUUUUCACCAGCAUUCUGUCCUCCAUGUUGGUUUUUCUUGUUUGCCCACUAACGUGCGAUCUGAUUGGUCAUGAGGUUUAAAAAAAAAAAAAAAAAAAAAUAUAAUGCACUGGCCUAGUGUGAAAGCAGCCUUAGCGAACUCAAACUAAAGUUUUGUAUGCGCUCCAGAAUCAUUUCUACCCAAGUUUGUGUCUGAAGCCAGUGUAUGGGUUGAAGAACAUUUUGACUGCUGCUCCUGUUUAUUUAGGAGUGACACUGCCAGUUUCACCUUCAGCUCCCUUGGACCAUAUGCCUGUAAAGUUAACAUCUGUUUUUAAAACUAUCAGUUGGCAAUUGCUUUCUCACCAAAAUAAAUGUAAUUCAGUGCAUAAUACAUACCGAGGGGGUUUAAUAACUAAUGAUAGCAAGACGUUUGGGUUUUUUUCUGAUAAGAAAUGGCAUGUGUUUUAAGAAACCGGAAGUGGAAUGAUAACUCUGAAUACUUUUAACCUCGAUUUUGUAAUUCCCACUCGAGAAAGGAAACUCACAUUUUAUACCACUUUUGUAAAGUGACUCAGUUGCUUUAAAGGAAUCCUUCGGCAUAUUUUUCAACCUUUUUACUAAAUCUGUAGCGUGUGUAUGUGUGUGUGAUUGAAACAAACAAGGUGUAGCCCCCCCCCCUCCCCCCAACCAAAAACAAAACAAAACUCUGUUUAUACGAAACUUGCUUAUAAUGGCGAUCUAAAGCCAGUUGUGGUAUUCUACUAAAAAAUGUGUUAAAAUGUUAAUAAAUGUGAAUAUUUUCUCCAGUGGAGAGACAAAAAAUAUUUUCGAGUUUUUAGAGCUUCAUUUACUUUAGCGUGAAGGGCUCAUGAGAGUGUACACAAAUAAGUUUUGCAUAAACAUCCGUUGCUGCCCUUAGGCUUCCAUUAGAAAUGAGUUUUGUGUAAGCAGGGUUUAUGUUCUUUUCGAAGUACAGCAGAGGUGCCAGCUAUGCCAUAGCAUGUCCAAUUUUUAUAAGGCAGUCACCUGAAAACUACGCAUUUCUGUUUUUUCAGAUAAGCAGCAGUCAGAGCAAUUGUAAAUAAAAGUCAUCCAGCAUAAAAGCCAAAACACUGAGGGGGAACGGACACGAGACAUGACAGACUUUAUCUGGGCGAAGUUUGACCACUGAAUUUAUGAGCCUCGGCUUGUGAGCCAAUUGGAAACGGGGCGGGGCUAGGGUCUCUUUGGUCGUUUAAAAAAUUUGGUGAGCUAGUUUUGUCACGAUUUAUUAUGAUUUUUUUUUAUGUUAUCACGAUUUUUUUCCUGUUGUUUGGGGCAUAUCUGGAAAUAAAAUUAGUAACGUCAUUCCCCGACAUCGUUUUGCGGUAAAAUGCGACGAUUUCCUUGUUAGCAGUGUUGGCACUGCUGACGUUUAUUCACCCAGUACAACAUCCAUUAUAAGUGAGUUUUGCGUAAACGGGUUUCACAUUCUUUUCUCGGUUUUCCACUGUAAUCGCACAUACACUACAGAUGUGUGUGUGUCUGAGAGAAAGCGAGUACAUGUAGCCCUUCUCCAUGUGAAAUGUGAUAUCAGAGAGGUGUUGGCAGAAAAGCAGAGUCUCAGCCAAUGCUGCUAAUCUGACCCAUAUCUGAGGGGCUUCAGACAGAGUUUUAUGCACGGAUGCAUUGAUGUGUUGUUUUUGUUUUGAAUUGUGCCGCACGACUGCACCGAGUCCGGAUACACUCUUUUGGCUGGCUAUCUGCAAGCACUGGGCCUCAUUUAUCAAUCUUUUAGUAAGUUUGUUUGCUUUUGUAAGCCAAACCGAACUGAAAAACUCCCAGCAUAUUCGCAGACGUUUCAGUGAAGCUGAUUUACUUACGUUUGUAUGAUGAUGAAUUCCAGUCAUAAAUUAACAAGCGUGUUCAUUGCACGUCCACAAAACUCCAUAAAAAGCAAAGGUCACUGAGCUGAAAACAAGAUGGCGACUGAACGGCCACCUAAUCGCAGUGUGCGCUAAAUCUUCCAGUCAUGCAGUUCAGCCACUGCAGCAAGUCGGCUACUGUAGAUUUAGGAGCUCUCGUAGGAUACGUGUGGGUAAGUUUUUCUGAACUGACUGAAUUUUCAUGAAUUUCUUGUGUAAAUGCUCCUCUCAACAAUUUACUACUAAAUAAUGAAUCCAGUUUGAUAAAUGAGGCCCAUUGAAGUAGUUUGAACCACUCAUAGAUAUUUUCCGUUCAUAUGCGAAUUCCUCAGCAGGGUGAAGGCAGCCGUGUGUUUGUGCUUCUUGCACUUUAAAAGACUCGCCGACAUCGACGAUCCUGUGGAACACGCGAAACACAUGUUGGCACGUAUAAUCGGAGCAGAACGAUGCUCGGCUCUCGCACCGCCCUCGCUUUCGAUCCACUUUCAGCUUCACCACUCGAGUGCACUGAUUUGACUAUGAUUAGCAUUUGCUCUUAUUUCUCUUAUUGGUUGGAUGAAUUGAAUCGUUUGGGUGGCUUGUUUUCAUUUAAUCGCAUCAUUUUGCAUAAUUUGUGUGCAUUCACAACCUGUGAAGACGAUGAUGUCUGUUAUCAUGGUGCGGAAUAGAGUCGAAGAAAUGUUUUGACGCACCUCGAAGCUGCUUUGCUAGGUGACUGUAAUGCUAAUCAGAACAUUUUGAUCAUACAGUUGAUGAACUGGUGGUGCUGCCUCAUUGUAGUAAUUAAAAACCCACCAAUGUCUUUAUGGAUCUUAAUCCAUACAUAGAAGUUAAUCUGGGUUUUUUGUUUCCUGCACUCUAGGAUUAUUUCUGGAAAAUUCCAAUUUAGGUUUAGAGCCUCUAAGGUGUAGACAAUUGAUUGAAAAUGUUUUUGUUUUUUUUCCUCCACAUUUGGGUUAUAGUUCAGGGGAUUUCAAACAGGAAACAUGAAGGUGCGGUGUAUGUGCUUUCAGUAGUGUCUAUUUUUCCGUGUUUCUGGAAUAUGGAUAAUUUCUGCCAUGUAAUAAAGAAUCUAAUUACUUAACAUUUUCUCCCUUAUUAUUGGCAGCAGCAGUAUGUCAAAUUUGAAAAUUGUCUCAAAUGUUGGACUUAUUAUCUCAAAGAUUUUAAGGCAAGUCAACAUUUUGAUGUAAAAAUUUUAACGUAGCAAGCCAAACUUUUGAGAUAAGUCGAGUUUUGAGAAAACAAGCCAGCUUUUCAGAAUUUUCAAAUAGUAAGUCAAAAAGUUUGAGAAGUCAAAACUUUGAGAUAAGAAGUUAAUUGUUUGAGCUACGAAGUCAAAGCCUUGAGAUAAUAAACCGAACACUGGAUAUAAAUCAGAUUUUUGAGAAGUCAAAUUUUGAGACAAAUCAGUCCUUUCAGAUAACGUCCGAAAUAAUUUGAGAUAAUAAGAUGAAAUUUUGAGACAAGUGAAACCAUUGAGAAGAAUAUGUCAAAAAUAUUUGAGAUAAUUUAGAAUUUUGACAUACCCCUACUGGCAAAAAUAAAGGAAAAUCUUUUAUACAAUAUUUUUCCUUUCUACUUGGUGGAAUUGGACUUGCGUACUUGGUGGAAUUGGAAUGAUUGUGAUGGCUUGAGAAAAGUUUCCUGAUGCACGUGGUUGUGUAGAUGCAAAAUUGCAUGCCUCCUGAGUAGCAGUAUGAUCUGAAUGAGAUUUGUUUGGUUUUUUUAAAUGAUCAUUAUUAUUAUUUUUAGGGAAUGAAGCAUUUGGUUUCCUUAUAUAAUUUGUGGCAAAUUGUGCCCAAACAGUAUGGCGCUAUGGGUUUUUUUUUUUUUUUUUUUUUUUUUUUUUUUUUAAAGGGCUAGUAAGUAAUUUAGUUUAUGUUAAGGUUCAUGCGACUCUUGCAUAUGGAAACGAUUGUACAUGUUAAGGCCACUAUUUGCUGAAAGCAUCAUGGUUGUUUGUUAUAUGGCCGUCAUGUUUCUGCAAUUUUGUGUAUAUAUGUAUGUAUUUAGAGAUGUGCAAUGAUCUCUCUGCCUCUCUCUGUCUGUGUACCUGUGGGAAUAUUUGUGAAUCUAUCUGGAGACGUGUGUAAUGGGGAGAAUUGCGUGACUGUCUCUCUCUCUCUUUCUCUCUCUCUCUCUCUCUCUCUCUCUCUCUCUCUCUCUCCCUCUCCCUCUUUCCGGUCCCAUUUCACCAAACAGCAUAAACGUGGCGACAGAAACCGUGGCGACAGAUCUGCAAGUGCUUUUACCAAAGGUUUACAGCAAAUUACAAAAUACAGUCUGUGAAUCUUUAUAUAUAUAUAUAUAUAUAUAUAUAUAUAUAUAUAUAUAUAUAUAUAUAUAUAUAUAUAUAUAUAUAUAUAUAUAUAUAAAAUAUAAGCCUUGCAGCAGUUUGGCUUCUGUUUUACCCUCAGUGCCUCUCUCUCUCUCUCUUUCUCUUUCUCUCUCUCUCCCAAGAAUUUAGCCCUGAUUUGACUCCACUUCAGUUUCCAUAACACAUCCUAUGGUGAUGUUUACACUCACUGUGCCUUGUUCUUCACAAUGAUGCUUUCACAAGAAAAAAUUCCCACCUCUCUCUCUUUCUGCCCCCCCCCCCCCCCCCCUUUGUUUUUUGUUUGUAUCUCUUCACACCUCUGUACUGUAUCUAACUAUAGACUAUGCACGCAAAGAAGGAAGGUAAAAGCUCGGUCAUAUUUGUCAAUACAAGCAAUACUGGUCUCAAUCCACAUUGCACUUCAUCUCCGUAGAUGUCUACUUAGAGAUGAGAAAUAAUUUGCUACUAUGAUCGUUUUGUACACAAAUGCUUUUGUACAUCAAGUGUCUUUUGUCAUUUACAAAGGGGGAACUGAAGGAAAUCAAAAAAGUGAUUUGACUAGCUCAGCUCACAGCCAGUCUUGUGUACCCCUCUCGUGCUGACUCGGUUGGUUUUAUUAACGUCUGUAUGUACACUUCACGUUGUCGGUUGGUCCGUGUUUCAUUACUGCCAUGUUACACACGAGACACAGCUUUGUGUCGAUCUCCCGAGCACAUCUUGUCGUUGGAACCGGUUUCAAAUUUUGUUUAUCCAGUUUUCAGCUACUGAAACCUGAACCGUCGCCUUGCAGGACAGCGAGAAGACGUGACGUAAUGGAGCCGUGUCCUUAUGUAAGCCUGUCCGAGGGCCGUGCGAUUGAAGGGUCUGGUUUUGUAAAGCCAUUUUUGCCUGAUACUCCCAUUACAAGUAGGACAGAAUUUCUGUCACACAUCACAACUGACUAUUUUAGCUUCAUAAUCCAUUAUAUCAUUAAGUUCAUGUACAUGUUUAAUUUCUUUGUUACUUAUUUGUUACUUAGCAGAAGCAGUCGACGAAGAGCACAGAACUGUUCAUUUUCUUUGUUGCUGUCACUUAGAUCAAGCCAAAAUAAAUAAAUAAAUAAAUAAAGGAUGGUGAAAUGUGGGGGAAAAAAUCUGAAAAUCACUGAAGUGUGUGGAAAAUUCUAACAUUAGGGGUUAGUAAGAAGUUGGCUGUGUACUCUUUGUAUUUUAUUUUUGUAAUAAAAUCAAUAUGGCACA